CGACGCGACUCGACGCGACCCGACGCAACCCGACGCAACCCGACGCAACCCGACGCAACCCGACGCGACCCGACGCAACCCGACGCAACCCGACGCGACCCGACGCGACCCGACGCAACCCGACGCAACCCGACGCAACCCGACGCAACCCGACGCAACCCGACGCAACCCGACGCAACCCGACGUAACCCGACGCAACCCGACGCAACCCGACGCAACCCGCCGGAACCCGACGCAAUCCGACGCAACCCGACGCAACCCGCCGCAACCCGACGCAACCCGACGCAACCCGCCGCAACCCGACGCAACCCGACGCGACUCGACGCGACUCGACGCGACCCGACGCAACCCGACGCAACCCGACGCAACCCGACGCAACCCGACGCAACCCGACGCAACCCGACGCAACCCGACGCAACCCGACGCAACCCGACGCAACCCGACGCAACCCGACGCAACCCGACGCAACCCGACGCAACCCGACGCAACCCGACGCGACCGCACCAUUGCAAACGCCGAUUUCAUGCUCUGCAACGCUGGGUCAUCCUUGCCGUGUCAAAGACAGACGAAGCUGAAAGACAGAGACAUAACACCGCAGAAAAGAGAGAGAGAGAGCGAAAGCGAGAG